AUAUUUAAAAAAAAAAAAUGAAGUUGAUAUAUGCACUUUUACUGUGUUAUACGUUUGCAAAUAUAGCUUUAGGCAAUAAAGAAAUCUCUUAUCGAGAUCCAAAUAUUCAAUAUGUUGGGCGUUGGCAUAACACUUCUCGAGAUAUUCAAAGUGGAUGGCCAGGUGCUUACUUUAAAGUGACUUUACAACAGACUCGAUAUAUUAAACUACAACUCAGUCAGCCUACUUCGCUUCUAGUCACGAUCAACAAGGAGGAGUUUCAGUUUAUCAAUAUCUCGACUACAACACCGUUAGACUUGGUACCCCAAGGAUUAGUAGACGAUGGUCCACAUGAACUUGUCGUCAUUGCCACCAAUGUAGACCCUUCUCAGCUGUCGAUUUGUCUGUCGUAUAUUAUACUUGACGACACAGCUAGCACAGUUCCACCCGAAGCAGUGAAUCCACUUGUUGAAUAUGUUGGACAUGACUUGACGUUGGGCAUUGACUCUAGUCGUACCUUAUUCACAAGUUUUGCUUGGCUUACAAGUAAACUUUUGGGUUUAGAACAUGCACAAGUAGCUUAUAGAAACGCUACACUCGUCAAAGGAAUCGAAAAUAGAUAUUUCGACCGAACCAUUCAAAGUAAUGAAACACCAUGGAGUGUUGUUAUUUUGUUGGGAGCCAAUGACGAUCAGACCGACUAUUCUUCUAAUGAAUACAGAGAGAGUCUAAACCGAUUUUUAACUAGAAUUCGUAAAACGCUAUAUGAAACAGCACCUAUUUUUAUAUUGUCAGAACCGCUUGGUGAUAUGUUUCGACCUUCUCAACAAUCCGUCAUUGAUAUGACACAUGGCGGAGACCAACAUAUUUAUUUUAUUGAUACCACCGCUUGGCUGAGAUAUGGAUCUAAUUAUUACAAUGACCCUAAACACUUGAACGACGCAGGUCAUGAAUUACUAGCCAAAAAGCUAGCUCCUCUCUUACAAAUUAAGUUAAGUCAUCCUCGGGAUCCGUUGCCAGGACCACCACCUAAUCCCAACUUACCGGGAGAAUGGCAAACUAUUGAUGUCGGACAAGAGAGUCGAGUUGGUUUACCGGGUACCGUUUCCGCCGAUUCCGCCAGUACGUUUACUUUAUGGGGAUCGGGAGCCGACAUUGACAAUGACCGAGAUGCCUUCCGUUUUGUCUACCAACCGUUUUCGGAGCAAGGUAUUAUUGAAGCGACAGUCAGGUCACAUUCAGCCUUUGCCAAAUGUGCCAAGGCUGGUAUCAUGAUUCGAGAACAUUUAGGUCACGGGUCACCUUUAAUCAUGCUUGGUAUUUCACCAGCAGAGGGGAUCUUUGUUCAGGUUCGAUAUGGUAACUUUCAAACGACCAAAUUGAUCAAGAAAAUGAGAGCUUCACCACCUUAUCGAUUACGUCUGAUCCGACAAAAGGAGAACGAUAUGUUUGAGGCUCAAAUUCAACAUGUAGAUGCAAAUAUAGAUGGUUGGGAGACUUUGGUAACGAUACCAUUUGUUUUAGCUCGUGAUGUAUAUGCUGGUUUAGCUGUAACCAGUUGUGAUACCUCCGUUGUCAGUGUAGCUAAAUUUACUGAAGUUGGCUUAUACCAUAGUGCAUUCAUAUCAACCAUUCGUUUAAUAGAUCAACAAUAAAAUAAUUUUUUUUAUUUAUUA